AUGUUAGCAAGCUCGUUUCAUGAUGAGCCUACAUUAGAUAAAGUAGUCUUCUUGUUACUUAUUGGAAUGCUGACAUUGAUCGUAGGUGGGAAUAAUAUUCGGUACAGGGUCAAACAUUGGUCUUCUGGUGGUGUCAAGUUGACCGGGAAGGGGUUUAAAGUCGUUACUGUGUCUAGGAAAAGCGUGGGACCUGUAGGAAAGCUUCAGAAUCAUAUCCAUUUGAAAGCAGACUUAGGAAACUUGUCCGCAGUCUCAGAAGUGUUCUCUCGAGUACGGGAAUUAUAUGGAGAGCCUAACCUAGUUAUAUAUAAUGCAGCAGCUUACUCGGUGACUGAUCCCAAUAAUGCGUUCGUCGACAGUGUUGAGGAUUUCGCUCAACAUUUGUCUGUUAAUACUAUUAGCUUGUUUGAGACUAUUAAAGAAACUAUCAAAUCAUUUGACAGGCUUCCCAGAGAUAUCAAUAAAACUCUAAUAUUCACCGGAAACUUCUUGAAUAGAUUUCCCUCUGCAUCAUUGUUGAGUUUGAGUGUAGGUAAGGGGGCUUCCUACGAUCUUCUUAGAUUGGCUGAUAUGUCUUACGGAAAAAAGGCUAUAAAUUUUACUAUGCGGAUGAGCGUACGGAAAGUGGAAAUGCUGUUUAUGGUGAUAUCAAUGGUGAAGCCCAUGCAGAAUUUUAUUAUCAACUUGCUGAAGGAUUAG